GAUGACAUGAAAGUUUUUAACACAAAGCUUCAAACGGUAGUGAGAGAACAACUGACUGCAGAAGGACACCCAUUACCUUCAGAAGUUACCAUAGCAUAUAAUUUUGAAACAAACUCAAUAGAUUUUAAAGUCAUCUCUGCAAAGAAGUCAGGUUUUACAUUUAAUGAAGCAGAUGUAUAUUCGAAUGAAAACUUCAAAGCUAUUGCAUGGUUAGAUAAUGACGAUUGCUUUAAGAAAAUAUUUAAAUACAGUGACUCAACGAUGUCAAUAGAUGACCUUCGUGGAAUGUUACCAUCGACGUUUACAGUAGAAGGUUCAGCAGGAUUGCUUACAAGAUUGUCAAUUGGUGGUAUUUGGUCUCGUGAGAACAUUGUUAUAAAAUCCAGUAUAAGUGAAUUUGCUGAAGAAUCUAUAUUAUGUCUUUCAAACUACAUGUAUUCGCCGCCGAAGCAUUAUAGUAUAACAAACUUUGUCAGUAAGUUUAACAUAAGACUUGUCGAACCUUCUUCAAUGAAAGAUGUUGUGCUACCUAAAGAUGGAAAGGAUGGACUCAUUAUUGAGAUGAUUUUAAUUGCAUAUUAA